GGAUGCACUGGAGCGGCUCCGGGGGAGCAGGAGCGGGGACGGACUCGGGAGCGGCUCCGGGGGAGCAGGAGCGGGAUCAGACCCUGGAGCGGGAUCAGACUCUGGAGCUAGAUAAGCAUCUGAUAAAAAAAGAUGCUAGAAAGAGAAUUAUCUGCAUCGAGGGCAACAUUGCCAGUGGAAAAACAACAUGCCUGGAUUAUUUUGCACAAACUACCAGCAUUGAGGUUUUGAAGGAACCCUUGAGCAAGUGGAGGAAUGUUCGAGGUCAUAAUAUCCUGGGCUUAAUGUACCAGGAUGCUUCAAGGUGGGGGAUAACUCUGCAGACCUAUGUCCAGCUGACCAUGCUGGAGCAGCACACCAGGCCCAUGAUUUCCCCCAUAAGGAUGAUGGAGCGAUCCAUUCACAGUGCAAAACACGUUUUUGUGGAAAACCUGUAUCGAAGUGGAAAAAUGCCAGAAGUGGAUUAUGCUGUCCUAAGUGAAUGGUUUGACUGGAUCCAGAACAACACUGAUGUUUCAGUUGAUUUGAUAGUUUAUUUGCAGACAUCUCCUAAAGUUUGUUAUGAGAGGCUAAAGACACGAUGCAGGGAAGAGGAAAAAGUCAUUCCUCUGGAAUAUUUAGAAGCUAUUCACGAGCUCUAUGAAGAGUGGCUCAUUAAACGUGCACUGUUUGAAGUUUCCUGCCCAGUGCUUGUUAUUGGAGCUGACCAUGACAUGCAGAAAAUGAUAGAGAAGUAUGAAGAAAACCGGGACCAAAUACUGAACCCGCCUAACAGGCAACACCAUUUGUAGAAGCCUGUGACUGUUGUAUCAAAAAUCAUCUACUGAAGUCUGAUUGGGUAUUUUUAAUAUUUAAAUAUAAUGGGUAUUGUUUUUGCACUAUGCUUUGUAGAAUGCUGUAUACCAAUCAGGAAGAGAAUAUGAGCCAAUUCCCUUUGUGUUUUUAGGUUUUUCCAUCAGCUUUACUGUGUCAGUUCUGUUCAGCUAAAAUAUGGCUGUUUCCCUCAUUUCCCACUUCACUGCUGCUUCCUAGAAGUAAUUUAAAAUGUCUUUUCUUUUUUCUCCCCCAAAGACAACCCUGUUUUUGUAACUUGAAAUAAACAGUUGAUUACAAUGCCCCUCUGAGGUUUCUCUUAAUAACCUCCUUGGGGUGAAACAACACCAAAUGGCCACCAAAUGGUGUAGGAGGGAGGUUUGAUUAUUACAGAGCUGUCAGCCUGGCCCUGUGCCCAGCACAUCAUCCCGAGUGUGAGCACACAGGAUAACCACGGGAUCAGCCCC